GAAGUGCCCUCUCUGUUGUUUCGACGUGCACUUCCUGUUGUGACUCCAGCGAAGAAUCCUCCACAAACAGACGGUCUGCCAACAAACCGGGACAGGACGGCGCCGUUUGGGUGAACUUUCCAGAGCACCUGGAUGAUUCGAGUCUGGAUUCACGGUGAUUACAGGAUUUGGAUCCAGGUGUGUUACGGUGCUGGAAGACGGCAUGGACGAGACGUUUCCCGGCAGUCCCUGUUCGUCUGAGGCGGACAGUCCUGGAGGUCUGAACCGAGGCUGCCUCCUGGACCCAGCUGACGUCCUCUAUCAUGACCUCUCCAUCAUCGUCCCGGAAACACCCAGCCCACAGCUCGGCAAACGGAGGCGUCGCGUUCUCGCCACAGAGGAGCAGUUCAGUCCUCUGGCUGUCGCCGCCUCUCCGGGACGACAGGAACUCUCCACCGGCAGCGAACGAGCUUUUUCUCAUAAAUCCAAACGCAGGAGGCUGGCGGCGGCGAUGGGGGAGCAGGGCGUCGGCUUUGUUCCAGCUUCAUCUCUGAGGGCUUUUCCUCUGUGCACCUGGCUGGAGGCCCCGCUGUCCUGCUCCUCCUCCUCUUCCUCCUCCUCCUCCUACCUCACACCAGUAUCAGAGGAGGAGGCUCUGACUGCAACGGGCUCCACGGUAGAAGCCAGUCCUGCGUAUGUAAGCCAGAGGAGAGAAAGCCCGACUUCAGCGGCGGUUUCGCCCUCACCGCCGCCAUCCUCUGACUCUCUGUCCUUCCUGACUGCAGAGGAGAGGAGAUGGUUGAACCACGAGCAAGGAAACACCUCAGCAGCUGCGCCGGAGCAGAUCGUCAUCAGCGACGAUGAGGAGGCCGUGGUUCGCUCGGCGCAGGUGGAGGAAGACGAGGCGUUUGCUCGAAGCCUGCAGGCCCAGUUUGACCAAGAGGAGGCGCACAGCACACACCAGCACCACCAGCACCACCUUCAUCACAGGAGCCAUUACCUUCAUCAGCAGAGCCAUCUUCUUCAUCAGCGGAGCCUUCAUGGGUGCCACCCCUACAUGGAGCCCAGCUGGAUGCCUCACCUGCUGGCUGCCGUCUCUCCUCUGGUCGGCUUUGAAGACGAUCUGAUUGGUCAGCGCAGAAGACGUGGGCGGGGCAGAAGGAGGAACGGCCUGCCAGAGUUUUCAGAAGACCUGCAGGGAAACGACUAUGAGGCUCUCCUGGAGUUCGAGGAGCGUCAGGGUUCUGUCGUGUCCAAGAAGUUAAGUCGGAGGGAAAUCCAGCGGUUUCCCACCAAAACCUUCCAGUCUGCGAGCAACGCCGGGAACACUCAGUGUCAGAUCUGUUUCUGCGACUACGCUGAAGGGGAGAAGCUCAGGAUGCUGCCCUGCUUCCACAACUACCACGUCCAGUGUAUCGACCGCUGGUUAAAGGAUAACGCCACCUGCCCCAUCUGCAGAGCCACACCUGGCCGACGGAGACGCCCUCGCCCCCCGCACCUCUGACCUCGGCGCCUCCUCCGGCCGACAGCACCCCCUUCAGUCUUUCUGCCGUUUGUGUUUGAUGAAGGACAACUCGUCUUUUUUGUUCUUUUUUUUUUUAUACUUUUAUUUUGUGUCUCAGAACGAAAUCGACUCUUCAGGAAUAAAACUUUAAAAAAAGUGAGGCUGCUUUUGAUUUCUGUUUCGAGGACGGCCGCCGCAGCUGCUGUUUAACGAGAAAUAAAGGUGAAGGUUCCUC